GGAACCAAAGGCUAAUGACGAUCACUCUAUAAAGGAUGUGAUUGUAACAAUGGCAGAAUCCUCUUCUCUACACGGCAUCUCCCGCGGAGUGGCCUCUAAGCACUGGUACCAGAGAGUUCUUUGGUUUCUUGUCUUCUUCGCAGCUACAGGUGGAGCUAUCUACCAACUUUCUCGUCUGUUCUCGUCGUAUAGCUCAUACCCAGUAAAAACUUCGGUGGAAUUAAAAUUCUCAAGUCUUUCGUUUCCUGCCGUGUCCUUCUGCAAUAUGAACCCCAUCAAAAUGUCAAAACUGGGACUGGCAAGCAAAGAAACUAUAAAAAUAAUAAACGGCACUGGACAACUAGCGGGUAAGAGAAAGAAAAGAGACACCUCUAGCGAUGUUCUUUUGGCCAAGAUUCGCUAUUUUGCCUCAAAGAAAACGCAACAGAGACCACAUUUGGUAAAAGGACAUGAUCGCAAUAAAAAAGAACCCAAAUCGUCGUUAAAAAAUAUACUUCAUAGGGUCAAAAGAAGCAGCUCAUGUGGAAAUGGAUCCAUGUUGUGCACUGGAUAUUUUGAAAAUUCAGAUCACUAUGAUAGAUACAUGCAGAGUAUGCUAUCAGAAGACGCUUUUGUUCAGGAUGAGUGGAACAAACGAGUGUCGAGUUUUCGAUCCGCAUUUCAAAAGAACGCCAGAGACAUCAGAGAGGACAUUGGUCACAAUAUUUCGGACAUGUUGUUAUCAUGUGCAUUCGAUGGAAAAGAAUGUUACGCUGAAAACUUUACCCUUUUCCAGUCUUUGGAAUAUGGCAACUGUUACACCAUUGAAAGCAGUUCCUUCGUCACGAAGCAAUCUGGACCGCUUCUUGGAUUAAGACUGACAUUAAAUAUUGAGACUUCAGAGUAUAUUGACAACUACAUGGACGCUCAUGGCGUAAGGCUGGUAAUUCACGAACCUGGAACUCUUCCAUUUCCAGAGGAUGAAGGCUUCACCCUCAACCCUUCAUAUGAAACAACAAUAGGAAUGAGAAUGCUAUCGAUCCAUCGGGCAUCACAGCCACAUGGUAAUUGUGACAAUGGUGAAGACUUUAUGAGGCUGUUUGGAAUUCGAUAUACAAUUCCGUCCUGUUUGAAACUCUGCAAGCAAAGGGAGAUAAUGGAGAGGUGUUCUUGUUUACCGUCUACGUCCUAUGUGAAUGUCGGGAACUAUGAUGGUUACAAGCCCUGUUCACUACACCAUGUGGAUGUUGACUGUGAAAAAUUUGUCAACUACCAGAUUGAAAACCAGCUUAUUACCUGCAACUGUCUCAGUCCAUGCAAAUAUACUGCAAUAGGGGAUUAUUAUAAUCUCUGUAACAUUUCUUUCCUCAGACAAUUUGUUUACAAAACAAGUUUAUCUGGAAGGAAAUGGCCAAGUGAAACGUAUAUGUCGGACAAUCUGAUGAAAGAUCUCUGCCAUAAUAGGAAUAUUUGGUAUUUUAAAGGAAUGUGCGAAAAUCUUAAAUUGAAAGCAGUAACAAAGACGGAAUCAGAAAGUGCCGUAAGAAAUUUUUUGAAAACGGAAAUAUACUACGAAGAUCUGAAUUAUGAAAUAAUUACCGAGGAACCUCUUUAUGAUGGAUUUCAGCUAAUCUCAGACAUAGGUGGCGCCCUAGGACUCUUUAUGGGAGCUUCCAUCAUAAGCUUUGUAGAGGUUUUGGCUUUCAUUAUAGAAGUGAUAAAUUUUCUUUGGAAAAAAAUUUCCAUCCAAAGAAUAUUCACCAAAAGCACCCAAGUUCUUGAUUUUAAAGAAGAAAAGGAACACAAAAAAGAUUCAAACGCAUAG